UAAUGUUUAAACGCUGAGCAGUUUUGUUGCAAACUAAUCAAUAUUGAGAUUUCAACAGCACAAUGCCACUGCCCAAACGUUCAAUUGAGCCGGUGCAUGUGGCCCGUUCUGUCUAUCAACAGGAUGAAUUACAAUCGGUAGAAUUGGAAACAGUCACAAACACAACACUAACAAAUAUCAUAAGACAAUUGUCAUCGUUGUCAAAACAUGCCGAAGAUGUAUUCGGUGAAUUGGCACGAGAUGUGGGAAAUAUUGGUGAUCGUGCCAAUUCACUGCAGGCACGCAUUGAUCGUCUAGCCAUUAAGGUAACACAAUUGGAUAGUACCGUCGAAGAAGUGCCCCUAACGGACAUCACACGAAAGAAAGCUUUUAAAUCUGCCAAAAAUUUCGAUCAACAAAUAUUUUCACGAGCCACUAUGCCAGCGCCAAUGCUGGAAACAUAUGCACAAUGUGAUAAACCACCACCUCUAGAUAAACUGAACGUUUAUCGGGAUGAUGGUAAAGAUGGUCUUAAAUUCUAUACAGAUCCUAAUUAUUUCUUUGAAUUGUGGCGUCAGGAGAUGCUUAAGGAUACGGAACGUGUUAUGCACGAUAAAGGCAAGAAAAUGCAUCGACCACGACAGGAUGGCGGUGCUAGUGGUCGUGGACAUAAGAAACGAGUGCGUACACCCCAUAAUACACGAGAGAAACAACGACAAAUUGCUAUUGGACAUGGUGAAACUUUAAUGCCAAAUAAUGUUAUUUAUCGAACACCAAAUUCUGUGGUCAACGAGGAAGCCGGCUAUGGUGGUAGUAUGGGCAUUUACGAGACACGACCAGCACGACCCAAUUCUAUAGAAUUGCGACGCAGUUAUCAAUCCGAACAAAUUGAUGGUGUUUAUGGACCGUUAUCACCACAAAAUGCUGGUAAUAUGAUGACAAAUGCCCAAGGUGGUGGCAGUCAGUAUGCUACAACAGCAUAUGCUGCCAAUGGCAUGCAUCCGUCACAGCAAAUGCAACAGCAUCAGGGUAUGGCUGGCAUGCAGCAUCAUCAACAACAGUCACAUCUACAGCAUCAACAGCAACAACAGCAGCAGCAACAAAUGUACGACGAUGCUCUCUAUCAUCAAUCGCACGCCUUGUAUGGUCAGACCGGUCAAGGUCCCAUGUCGCCAGAACCGAUUUAUGCUCCCGGCACACCAUCACGCACCAAACCACGACCCUCACAACCACCACCGGCACCACCAUCGAAUGGUAGUGGCGGUGGUACACCAACAGCAUCGAGCGCUAAUACACCUACACGUGGUCGCAGUAUGUCAACAAGUCGGGAUGCUCUGCCACCACCGCCUCCCAUACCUGAUGGUAUGAUUAACACAACAUCCCCAUCACAAAUGUUGGCUCAAUUGAAUGGUGGCGGUAGUGGUCAUAUUGCAGCGAAAUUAUUAGCUCGCACCAAUAGCACAUCGAGAGCUGGCUCUCCCCAAUUGGCACCGAGCAGUGUACAGGAUGCGAAUGCCUUAGUAAUGGCACAAUUGAAUAAUACCAUAAAUAGUUUCAAUAGUAUGACUAUGGGUGGUGGUAUGCAACAAAUGAAUUCAUUAAAUGAUUUGCCACCACCACCACCGGUGCCGGAUCAGCAUGAACCAAAGCUAUCGCCACCUAAUGCGGCGCCACCACCACCUCCUCCUCCACCACCAUUGGAUGAGAACGGUUCAUCGCCUAUUAAUCAAGGACCACAUCAAAUUAUGCCAAAAUCAUUGCCAAAUGGUGAUAUACAAUCGAACGGAAUGAUGGGUGGACCAAACCCACAACCUAAGAAAAUAUUACCACCAUUCCACGAUACUAGAUCCGAUUUAAUGAAGGCCAUAAGAGAUGGAAUAACACUUCGCAAAGUGGAAAAAUCCGAACAGAAAGAAAUCGAACGUAAUACUGGCCUUCAUGAUGUGGCCUCCAUUCUAGCUAGACGUGUUGCAAUAGAACUUUCCGAAUCCGAAGACUCGGACAGUGAUGACGAUAGUGAAGGUUGGAUGGAACCAAAUGAAACUUCUGCUUGAUCCCUUAUGUCUUCUUUAAUACCUGAAAAAAUCAAAAAGAAAAAGUAAAUUCAAAAUGGAAAUAAUAGCAUUUGUUUGUAUUUCUUGUAAAACACUAAAUGUGAAAAAUGCAUUUGAAAAUAGCAACUAGUUAAACGAAAAAAAAGAAAUGAAUGUCUUUGCCAAUCCCCAUAAAAACCUUUAAAUUCCUUUCUAAAUAGACAGAUAAACUCUUCCUCUCUGAAUGAAAGCAACACAAAUUAUUAUAAUUAUA